AUGGCAUCAACGAAACCAAGAAGUUCUUUUCUCAUUGAUUCAUUGUUGUUUGGAAAACAUAAAAAUGAAAAAAAUUUCGAAACUGUGAAACUGGAGUACAAAAAGUUGUUUUAUUCGGUAAUUUCAGAGCAUCAUGGAAGAAUAAGAAAUUCACAUGCUGCCACUGAAAAAACUAACGUUAAGAAGUACAGAUGCGAUGUUUGCGAAAAAACUUUUAGCCGAAGCAACACUCUCAUCACUCAUAAGAGAAUUCAUACCGGUGAAAAGCCAUUUGAAUGUGAUCAGUGCGGAAGAGCUUUUAGACAACCUGGAAAUUUGACAAGACAUCGUCUUACCCAUACAACGGUAAAGCCGUAUAUUUGCUCGUUUUGCGAUAAAGCUUUCAACCGAGCAUCAAAUUUACAUACCCAUAUCCGGACACAUGCAAAUCUUGCACCACGAAAUAUCUAA